AUGGCUAGCGCUCGUCGGUCGUUACGCUUAACCAUGGCAGACACGAAACAGGUCGAUGCCUCGAAGCUGAAGGCUUUUGAGAAUGCAGCUGCGGGCCAUGAUGGCGUUAUGUCUGAUGAGUCUGGCUCUCUCAUUAUCAAGCCAUGCACCGAGAGCGAGAUUGCCUUCUACCAGGAAAGCUUGCAGCACCACCCGAAGUUCUACGAAUUGAUGCCGGAGUUCAUGGGAACACUGCAGCUCGGAGCUCCAGCCAAUAUUCCGGAUAUCACAGCUUCUUCAGAGCCAGCACGGGAACUUACGCAAGAACAAAAAGACCAGAAUCUCAAACACGGCCAAAAGAUCGCCAGCGAGACCGCCAUCGUCCUGGAGAAUCUCGAGCACGGCUUCAAACACCCCAACGUCCUUGAUCUCAAACUUGGAGCUCGGCUUUACGCCGAUGGCACCAAGCCUGAGAAAGCAGAACGCCUCGACAAAGUCGCCGCCGAAACUACAAGCGGCUCCCUCAACUUCCGCAUCGCCGGGAUGAAAGUUUGGAAUGGCAAGGACUUUGACACAUACGACAAAUUCUACGGCCGCAAAUUCAACAAAGACAACGUCAAAGACGGCUUCGCUACCUUCUUCAGUAGUCUUGGCGCAGCUGCUAAGCCCGACGAUGCACGAGAACUGCUGGAGACGAUCCUAGCGGAGAUCACGAAGGCGCGCCAUAGUCUGGAGAGGUCCGAGUCGAGAAUGUAUAGUGCGAGCUUGCUGAUUGUGUAUGAGGGGGAUAGUGAUGCGUUGAAUGUGCUUUGGGGUCAUCCGCCGAAGACGCCGAGGACGGAUGAGAGGGCGCCGACGAAUUUUGAGAUUAAGAAGAGUGAAGAGGAGGGGGAGGAAGAUGAGGAGGAGCCGCCGAUUACGCAUUGUGUCAAGAUGAUUGAUUUUGCUCAUGCUGCUUGGACGCCGGGAUCUGGACCUGAUGAGAAUGUCAUCAAAGGUUUGAAGAAUAUUGAGGACCAGAUCGAUCUGCUCAUCGCUCGUUUCGAAUAG